AUGCAACAACCUGCAUAUGGCUACGUUCAACCUGGAGCAUACCCUGGCUCAACUCCCCAGUAUAACAUGAGUCAACCACCUUAUGGUGGUUAUCCUCCUCAACCGACUUCUGGUGGAUAUGCCACUGGUUGGGACCAGGCAACUGCUACACCAAACCAGCAGACUACUGCUCAGGGAGGUGGGUAUGAUUACUAUAGUCAGCAGCCACUUGUGCAACAGCAGCAAACCCCUGGUGGUCCUGUAGCCCCCACAGAUAAUACCGCCUAUGGUUACAAUCAGCCACCAGUUUCUGGUUAUAGUCAACAAGGACAAGGUUAUGCUCAGGAUGGCUAUGGUGGAUAUCAUGCACCUCCCCCUCAAUCUGGGUAUGGUCAGGCACCAAAUCCUAAUCCAGGGUAUGAUCAGCAGCAAGGUUAUAAUUCUACAACUGGUGGAUAUGGUAAUGUUUCCAACCCACUGCCUGAUGGACACGCUGCUUCAUACGGAACUCAGGGGGAAGCCAACCAAACACCUCCACCAGCCCAUUCAACUGCAAUGGGCCAGCAAGGAUACACUUCUGGUCAGCAGCCUAGUCCUAACCCAAGUUACCCGCCUCAGGGUUCGACCCAACCGGGCUAUGGAAUACCCCCAACUUCCCAAGGUGGUUAUGGGACUCAACCUCCUUCAGGAUAUGGGCCCGGUUAUGCACCACCUCAAGGUCAGAAGCCACUGGCUGGUCAGCCAGCUUAUGGGCAACCCCAACAGUCGCCUACUGCCCAAGGAGGCUAUGUCCAGCCUGCUUCUGUACAGCCAGGGUAUCCCCAUUCUCAGCCACCAACUGCUCAAUCUGGUUAUGCUCAGCCGGAUUCUGGUACCCAACGAGCUCCACCAUCCGGCUAUGGUACUCCAACUGCUCAGCCAGGGGCAUAUCCCUCACCAUACGGUGCACCACCUGCUACUCAGCCAAGUUAUGGGCAACAGCAACAACCAGCAUACAACGGCCCUUAUGGUACUGGCUAUGCCCAACCUCCUGUGUAUACAACUGAUGGCAAUGCAAGCGGGAGUGCUCGUGGAACCUAUGACGCUACUCCAGCUGCACAACCUGUUCAGCCUAGUGGGGUUGCUAAAACCUCACCAUAG